AGCUGAAAAAACCCUAGCUAUAUUAUCUGCACUCUUUAUGCUUUCGACUUUUGAAACCCUAGCCCCCCUCGUCUUCUCCAUCAAAGAGCAAGCCGAAUAAUGCCGCCCAAGUUCGAUCCAUCGCAAGUCGUCGACGUCUUCGUCCGCGUCACCGGCGGCGAAGUCGGCGCAGCCAGUUCCCUCGCUCCGAAGAUCGGUCCACUCGGUCUUUCUCCCAAAAAGAUCGGUGAAGACAUCGCCAAAGAAACCGCCAAGGACUGGAAGGGUCUCCGUGUCACCGUCAAGCUCACUGUCCAGAACCGUCAGGCGAAAGUCACGGUGGUUCCUUCGGCGGCUGCGCUGGUAAUCAAGGCGUUGAAGGAGCCCGAGAGGGAUAGGAAGAAGACCAAGAACAUCAAACAUAACGGGAACAUCGGCCUUGAUGACGUCAUCGAGAUUGCCAAGGUAAUGAGGCCGAGGUCGAUGGCUAAGGAUUUGAAAGGGACGGUCAAGGAGAUCUUGGGCACGUGCGUUUCUGUUGGUUGUACGGUUGACGGGGAAGACCCUAAGGAUUUGCAGCAGGAGAUCGAUGAUGGCGAUGUUGAUGUUCCUUUGGAGUGAUAAAGCUUUUUUAAAAAUUUUUUUUAAAGAUUAUUACCAUGUUUGUCCUUUUUAAAUUUUUGUUUAAUUUUAAGUUUUUGGACAAUUUGCGGAUAUUUUUAUCAGAUGUUUUUGAGUUUAAAAUCUAGACGAUUUUACCAUUUAUGAAUCUUUUCACGUAGAUUUGCAAAUCUAAAAACAUUAUAUGAAAAUAGGAGACAAUGAUGAUAUGGUUUAAAAUUUUAGCAA